GAUGGGUAAACGUAUAUCAAAGAUAUUGCCCAAACAAUAUGCCCCUGAAACUAAUUUCUGUAUAACAUGCUUGCGUUGGGUCUUGGUAAUUUAGCACUUUGUGAACAUAAGCAAGGGCUGAUAAAUAUGUUGAAAUGGACCUAGGGGAAAAAGAGUCGGAGAAAAGAUGAGCUACAAAGAGAGCCACCAGCGAAGUGCUCAGGGGUAGUUCACAAGACAUUCCAUAUUUACUACAAAACGACAAGAGCGUCCUCCAAGCUCUAUAGGGCGAGAAAGCGGAAGUGCGUAAUUUGACGAGAUUGAACGAGAUUUUAGCUACUGGAGAUAAACAAAUCCACGUGGUAACGGUAAAUAGAUAACAGGAUGGCAUUUUCCAUCCUAUAUUGGUUGAAUUACGUGUCUGGAACCAAAAAACUUCAUCAAAAGUCCGAGUUAGCGGUAAAAGCAGACCAUGUACUAAAGUUUAUGUUCGAUCCCGAACUUAAUUACGCCCAGGGAAGAGUUCACGCCAGUAUGAGAGACAGAAGUUACCACGUCAGUGUCACAUUAGGGGAUAAUCACACAGUUUCUGACAGCAUAUGUGAUUGUGUGAACGGGCAGGAUAAAUGUCACCACAAGGCAUCUCUCCUUUUAUAUGGCUAUAAGAAUGUUAGCAAGACGGAUGUGAGGACUUCUUGGAUCCAGCAUCCUAAGAAAGCACCACCAAAGAAAACAACCACUAUGGAUGAGCUUUUUCCACCUUCACAAAAAGUGGCCAAUUACAGCUAUGCUGUGGAUAGUGUCAAAAGAACCCCCAUUUAUGUAGAAGAUUUAUUGCUGGGAGAAGCUUACACUAGUGCUACAGACAAGAUACAGUGGUUGAAGACAAAUCUUGCUAUCCAAAGGGAGAAAAUAGAGCAGGUUGCACAAUUGACUGUUGGGCAGAGGAACAACCAUCUUUGGGCUUUGGUCAGGAAAAACCGCUUAACUGCAUCCAACUUUGGUAAAGUGCUUGCUGCUAUCCGACGAAAUAGGUUUCCUCCAUCAUUAUUCAAACAGGUUCUGGGCUCUUAUGAUUUGUCAACAAAAGAUGCCAUUCUAUGGGGUAUCAACAAUGAGUCAGUUGCCAAAGCAAAGUAUUGCUCAUACGGUGAUGCAGUUGUUGAAGAAACAGGGGUGUGGCUACAUGAAAGUGGUGUUUUAGGGGCAAGUCCUGAUGGGAUUAUCCGCCGUGCAGCAACGCAUAAAUAUAACCAUCAAGUAGCUCAACUGACAGACAUACUGGAGACAAUGAAAUUGAUGUCAGAUAUUUUGGAAGUUAAAUGUCCUUUCAGUGCCAGGAAUAUGACUAUUCCUGAGGCCAUUUUAUCAAUCAAAGACUUCUGUUUAGACUUCCAGGUUCAUGAUGGCAGACAGAUGUACAAGCUAAAGGAAGAUCACAUCUAUUACAAUCAAGUACAGGGACAGCUACAUAUUCAGAACAAAUCCGCCUGUGACUUUGUUGUGUGGACCACCAAGGACAUUGCCAUAGUUAGGGUUCUUCAAGACAGUGCAUGGGACCAGAACAUUGCAAAACUUAUUGACUUUUACUUCACUCAAAUAAUCCCCAUUGUUCAGAAGUAAAAUGUCAGUUUAUUUA